AUGAGCGAGAAUGUGAGCAAGGACAUCCUGCUUGGCGUGAUUGCUCUUGAGCGCGACAGGGACAGGGAGGUGGCUCGGAGGCAACUGAUCGAGAAGGAGCUGGAGCUGGUCAAGAAGGACCUUAGCAUCGCCAACGCGGAACUGAUGUUCAAGAGCGACAAACUGCACAUGCGAGGCCUGCUUGACUUUGCGGAGGCCAAGCUGAGCGGCGGGCGCGACGCGGCCUUCACGUCGCGCAAGGCCAAGUGGCUAUACAUCCUGCGCGAGCACCCCCAGCUGAUGACAUCUCUGGCGCGGGUCUCGCGCAACAGCAGCGCAGAGGCUGUGGCUGAAAAGAUGGAGGAGCUGUACAAUCAGCUGGCCAGGCAUGAACACAUGAAGGGCUACUAG